AUGUCCGGAAAAGUAACGAGCUCAGGCGGAAGAGGUGGAGGAAAGAAGACUACCCGUAAAACCAUGUCCAACUCUGCUAAGGCAGGAUUACAAUUCCCAGUCGGUAGAGUUGCAAGAUACUUAAAGAGAGGUAGAUAUGCAAAGAGAAUUGGUGCUGCUGCUCCAGUCUAUCUUGCUGCUGUUUUGGAGUACUUAUGUGCUGAGCUUCUCGAGCUCGCUGGUAAUGCUGCUAGAGAUGCAAAGAAGACACGUAUCACUCCAAGACAAAUCCAAUUAGCUGUUAGAAACGACGAAGAACUCAGCAAAUUCUUGGGUAAUGUUACUAUUGCCAGUGGUGGUGUUUUACCAAACAUUCCAACUGUUUUGUUACCAAAGAAAUCCAAGUCCAAACAAGGAAAUUCACAAGAAUUUUAA